AUGCUGAGGGCCUGUAAAGUCACCUACAGGAGGAAGCUGGAGGCCAAACUCCAGCAGAACAAUGUGAGGGAUGUGUGGACAGGAAUGAAGCAGAUCACCGGGUGUAAGGUGAGCGACAGACAGUCAUCAGGCAGCUUGGAGAGGGCAAAGGAGCUGAACAUAUUCUUCAACACCAGCACUCUACCCUGCAUGACUGUGACUACAGGCCAGGUUAGGAGACAGCUGGAGAGACUCCACCAGCAGAAGGUUGCAGGCCCUGAUGAUAUCAGCCCCAGGAUCCUGAAGACAUGUGCCAGACAGCUGUCUCCUGUCCUACAACACCUGUACAAGAGAAUACCGAUGCUUUGUAAGACGUCCUGCCUGGUUCCUGUUCCAAAGAAGUCAACACCAUCCGGCCUCAAUGACUACCGACCAGUGGCCCUCACAUCUUACGUGAUGAAGGUGCUGGAGAGACUGGUCUUGGCCAACAUGAGGCCGCAGAAUUCUCUGGGACAGCUGGUCGAGGAUGGUAGCCCUAUCUGCAGGAGCUGUAAGAAGAAAGUUGCUGCGAGGGGCGGCGACACAUCCAAUUUGCGUGACCAUCACCCUCAACUGUUCAGCGAAUGCAAGAGGCAGUCUGCUGGCCAGUCGAAUGCUGCUGCCACUACAUCUCAUUCUACUUCUGUAACGCAGACUUUAAAAGGACACGUUUCAAAAACAGGCUGCCUCAUCCCAAAAAGUGGAGUGGCUUCUCACUAG